CCCGCCACUGGGCGGCGCUGCGGGCGGCGACUCCCCCACGACCUUCACAACAUGGCGGAGUAUUCCUGUGUGAAGCGCACGAAGCUGGUGCUGAAAGGCGUGAAAAGUAAAAAGAAGAAAAACAAAGGAAAAAGAAAACGAGAGGAUGAGGGUGACCAAGUGGUUGAUAUUGUUGGAGGAUGGUGGGCAGUUCGGAAUUUUGGAGAAAUUACUGGAAGUGUGGCCAUAGAGAUGGGAAAUGGCACCUAUAUGCAUGCUCUGGAUAAUGGUCUUUUUACUCUUGGAGCACCACAUAAAGAUAAUGAAACACCGGAUCCCCCAGAGCAGUUAACUGCUAUCAAGUUAUCUGAAACAAGGAUAGCACUGAAGUCUGGCUAUGGCAAGUAUAUGGGAAUAAAUUCUGAUGGAGUUGUUACUGGUCGAUCAGAUGCAAUUGGAUCAAGAGAACAGUGGGAGCCAGUGUUUCAAGAUGGAAAGCUUGCAUUGAUGGCUUCAAACACCUGCUUCAUUUCAUGUAAUGAUGAAGGUGACGUUAUUGCAAAGCAAAAAACUGCUGGAGAGGAGGAGAUGAUAAAGAUCCGUUCCUCCGCUGAUAUUGUAAUAAAAGAAAAAGAUGAGCUUUUGGAUGAAGACAAGGGUAACGUAAAACACUGUGAGAUUAACUAUAUAAAGAAAUUUCAGAGUUUUCAAGAUCAAAAAUUGAAAGUGAAUACAGAAGACAGUAAAUUACUGAAGAAAGCCAGAACGGAAGGUGCUUUCCAUGAGACUUUGCUAGACAGGAGAUCCAAGAUGAAAGCAGACCGAUAUUGCAAAUGAAGUCAGGAUAUAUUUUAAUGUCUUGUUUUUUUUACUGGAUAUGUGACCAUUAUGUUUGUGUUCCAAGAACAACAGUGUUGUACAGUAAUCAGUGAUGGUGUCAUGUAAACUUGAUAUUUUUAAAUGCCUUGAAAGAUAUACAACGAAAGUAACCUUGAGUGGCUACUGUUACAGAUUCAUCUUCUCAUAAUAAAUUGUAAAAAUAAAUAGAUUUCCGGUUCA